AUGAGCAAGAACUUGACUGGAAAGACGAUCCUGAUUACCGGUGGCUCGUCAGGUAUCGGAAAAGCUACCGCCUACGAAUUUGCCCAGACUGCUUCCAACCUCAAGCUCAUCCUCACCGCUCGUCGCCUCGAGACUCUUCAAGCUAUUGCGAAAGACAUCGAAUCGCAGUUCCAGGGAACCAAGGUCCAUGCCGUCAAGCUCGACGUCUCCAACCUCAAGGAGGUGAACGGCUUCGUCGACGCCUUGCCUGAAGAGUUCAGGGACAUUGACGUCCUCGUCAACAACGCCGGUUUCGUUCACGGCAUGGACAAAGUCGGCUCAAUCGCCGAAGAAGACGUCACAGGAAUGAUCAACACCAACGUCAUCGGCCUCAUCCAAAUGACCCAAACCAUCAUCUCCAAGAUCAUGCUCCCAAAAGACAAAGGCGACAUCGUCAACAUCGGCUCCAUCGCCGGCCGAGAACCCUACGCCGGUGGCUCAAUCUACUGCGCAACCAAAGCCGCCGUCCGUUCAUUCUCCGAUUCUCUUCGCCGCGAACUCAUCUCCACUCGUCUUCGUGUGAUGAAUGUUGAUCCCGGGCAGGUGUUGACCGAGUUCAGUGUGGUCAGGUUUAAGGGGGAUAAGGAGAAGGCUGAUAAGGUCUAUGAGGGGGUUGAGCCUUUGACGCCGGAGGACAUUGCGGAAUGUAUUGUGUUUGCGUGUGGGAGGAGGCAGAAUGUUGUCGUUGCUGACAUGCUCUUGUUCCCUAGCCACCAGGCCGGAGCUGGUGCUAUGCACAGGAAGUAG